CUGAUUAUAGCUCCUUUGGUAGAAGAAGAAAGCAGAUCGACAUGGCAAACUUGAAUUGGUCAUAUGAGGGAGAAAAUGGUCCUGAGCAGUGGAGCAAGCUCUACCCCAUUGCUAACGGAGACAAGCAGUCCCCCAUUGACAUUAAAACCAAAGAGGUCAAACAUGAUGCCUCUCUAAAACCCAUCAGUGUCACCUACAAUCCAGCAACAGCCAAAGAAAUUGUCAAUGUGAGUCAUAACUUCCACGUAAAUUUUGAGGACAAGGAUAACCAGUCAGUACUAAAAGGUGGUCCCUUCGCUGGAAGCUUCAGGCUGCGCCAGUUUCAUUUUCACUGGGGCACUGCUGAUGACCAAGGUUCUGAGCACACAGUCGAUGGAGUAAAAUACUCAGCCGAGUUACACAUAGUUCACUGGAAUUCUGAAAAAUAUUCCAGCUUCAGUGAAGCAGCUGAGAAACCUGACGGCUUGGCAAUUAUUGGUGUUUUUAUAAAGGUUGGCCAACCCAACUCAGUCCUCCAGAAAGUAAUCGAUGCCCUAAGUUCAAUCAAAACUAAGGGCAAAAAAGCUCCAUUUGCUAAUUUUGACCCAUCCCUUCUACUCCCUCAAUCCUCGGAUUACUGGAGCUAUCAUGGCUCUCUGACUCAUCCCCCUCUACAUGAGAGUGUAACCUGGAUUAUCUACCGGGAGCCUAUCAGUGCCAGCUCAGAACAGGUAGAGUAUCACAAAAUGGGCACUGGGAAAUGGAAUCAAUUCAGCUAA